AUGGCUUCCGACAUGAGCCCGGAGGAAUCGAUUGUCCUCAUUAAGGCAAAUCUUGCUGAGGUCCUUGACGGAGAUAUAAUUGACAAUGUGAUCCUCAAGGAGAAGCGUCCUCUUAAGGUAUAUUGGGGGACUGCAACGACUGGCAGACCACAUUGUGGAUACUUUGUGCCUAUGAUUAAAAUCGCAGAACUACUGAGGGCAGGUUGCACGGUCAAGGUACUUCUCGCAGAUAUUCACGGUUACCUGGACAAUAUGAAAGCACCUCUCGAACUCGUCGAAUAUCGAGCCAAGUAUUACGAACGAGUAAUCAAAUCGGCUUUGCGAGCAGUUGGCGUGGAUUUGAGUCGUUUGGAAUUUGUGCUAGGAAGUUCUUACCAACUCAACAAGGAAUACACCAUGGAUCGAUUUAAGCUGGAGGGUAUCACAAGAAUUAAUGUCGCCCAGAAGGCUGGUGCAGAAGUCGUCAAGCAAACGGAUGAUCCAACACUUGGUGGUUUAAUCUACCCUCUCAUGCAGGCCCUGGACGAACAAUAUCUCGAUGUCGAUGCACAAUUCGGCGGCGUUGAUCAAAGGAAAAUCUUCACUUUCGCAAAGGAAAAUCUACCAAAGAUAAAUUACAAAGUCAGGGCACAUUUAAUGAACACAAUGGUUCCUGGUCUAGGGGAGGCUGCGAAGAUGAGCUCCAGUGAUGCAGACUCGAAGAUUGAUCUGCUGGAUGGGCCAGAGGCUGUCGAGAAGAAACUGAAAAAGGCGAAGUGUGUACCAAAGGAAGUUGAGGGCAAUGGUGUCAUUGCUUUCGUGGAGCAUGUCAUUUUCCGCGCUCUCGCUUUAAAGAAUGGAGGCACCUCGAAAUUUGUUGUUGAAAGGAAAGAUCAAGAGUCGCUGGUCUAUGAAUCCGUGGAGAGAUUAAAGGAAGAUUACACGGCAGAUAUCGUAAGUCGCCCUUUUUGGCAUGAUUCUUGUUGUCCACUUACUGAUCUAAACUGCAGCUCACCCCUCAACUCAUCAAACAUGCUCUUACAGCCCAUCUUAAUGAUAUUCUGAAACCAAUUAGAGAAGAGUUCACAGCAUCGCCAGAGUGGCAAUCAGUCGAGGUGCAAGCUUAUCCACCAGAGCAAGGUUUGUUGCAUUCAUUCGUCACUUAGCCCAUGGUUACUCCUGCUAAAGUUUACUCCAGGUCCAGUGAAGGUCAAAAAGGUCAAGAAAGAAAUCGAUCCAGCAAGGAAGGCUGCAGCAUUGGCGGCAAAGAAAAAUGUUGUCGCACAGCCGGAUGGACACGUUGAAGGAAAAGAUGCUCAACAAGUUAGCUUUGGAUCAAGCGCGGAAGAAACAUUAGAGAAGAUGAAGAUUGCUUCAGAUUCAUAAAUAGAGCUAUAAAAUACCCCCAGAAAAUUCGGUUGCUUCUGUAAGCACCACGUCCUCUCUCAUAGACCCUUCACCCUUCACUCAUCUUCGUUGGCACUAGGCGUUGCAUUUCAAUCACGUGUACUAUGACCCUUUUUGGCCUUUUCACAGACUGGACAUCAGUAACACAACUUGUCAUCUCUAGAAUUCUUUACUACGCUCUUCCAUCUGGCCCCGCAAUACUGGUCUAGCGAUCAGGCUCUGCCAUCUACG